AUGGGACAGGAGCUUAGUCAGCAUGAAUUGUAUGUCUCCCAGUUAAAAGACACUCUUCAAUCUAGAGGCAUUAAUGUUAAAACCAAAGAUCUCCUCAGGUUUUUCGACUUUAUAAAAGAAACUUGUCCUUGGUUCCCCCUCGAAGGCACCAUAGAUUAUAAACGUUGGUUACGAAUGGGGGACGCUCUCAAUGAUUACUUCAGAACAUUCAGCCCCGAAAAAAUCCCCGUUACAGCUUUCUCUUAUUGGAAUCUUAUCAGGGAAAUUCUCUCUACCGACAAUGAUUGCCCAAAACUUCAAAAUACAAUAGCUCAAACGGAGGCUAUUUUGCGCUCACGGCCCGGCACCCUGGCUGCAGUGGAGUCAGAGUGCUUAGCUCAGAAAACACAGUCUAAAAUCCAAACAGAUCUUAUCUCCUUUCCUAGCGAUAAAAACGAGCCCUCACAAGACACAGACCCCGAUAAGAUUAAUCCUACUUUAAAAACCAUGCCCCUCCUUCCUAAUACUACCUUAAAAAUCUAUCCCCCACUUCCCUUGCCCGAUUCUCCCGACAAACCAAACAAUCAAGGCGUUUUAUACACUCCACAAGACCCUGACCCUUCCGGUGUCCAUUGGGACAAAUUAGCAACACAAGCGGCUCGAUGUAAUCCUACUUCCUCACUUUCUCUGGCUGCUGUUGCCGCUAAUCUCACUCGUCCCUCGGGUCCGUCCAGACCGCCAUCACUAGAUAAACAACCCCCCUCAACAGAGUUAAAAUCCCAACUGGUCCAACUGAAAAAUUGCAUCCAUAAUCUUACCUUGCAACGUUCUCAGUCCACUCCGCCCUCUUUGUCCGCCGCUUGCGCACCCGCCAUCUUCCCAUCCGCGCCCACAGCGGCCGUUUUGUCUCCUCCGCCCCCUUACACCUUGCCCCUUCAGGCAUUUCCUGUUAUUCAAAUCACUAAUGACCAGAGCCAGGUCAUUCGUCAUCAUCAGCCUCACAACUUCCGCUUUUUAAAAGAGCUUAAAGAGGCGGUUUCUCAGUAUGGCGCUUGCGCUCCUUUCACUUUAACCAUUGUGGACUCCCUCGGUGAUAAUUGGCUGACCCCUUCUGAUUGGCACUCCCUCGUUAAGGCCACACUCAGCACUGGAGACCAUUUAUUAUGGCAGACUGAGUUUUAUGAACUUUGUAAGGAGUUUUCACUGGUUAACCAGCGGAACAAUAGUCCGUGGACCCUAGAAAUGUUAACGGGCAUGGGCCCCUAUCUAGAUCCUCAAGUUCAAAUCAGUUAUGAUCCCGGCCUGUUUAUACAAAUUUCAGCCGCGGCCACUCACGCUUGGCGCAGGCUUCCUGUUACUAGUGGGCAACAGGCGCCGCUUACCAGUAUUAGGCAAGGGCCCUCUGAGCCGUUUCAGGAUUUUGUCGCCCACCUGCAAACGGCCGCUGAACGCUCCCUGGGCUCCUCAGAUACCACUCAGCACCUUAUUCGACAACUUGCUUUUGAAAAUGCCUCUCCUACUUGUCAGGCAGCAAUCAGGCCUAUCAAACGACAGGCUACCUCCAUCACUGAUUUUAUCCGUGCAUGCGCUGAUAUUAUCCCUGCUUAUGAGCAGGGCCUCGCCAUGGCGGCCGCCUUUAGUGGCCAAUCGGUGACGCAGUUCAUACAGGCUAAAAACACCCAACAAAUGACCUGUUUUAAAUGUCAUCAACCCUGUCAUUUUGCUAAUCAUUGCCCUCAAGGGUUACAGACCCAGGCUCUUAAUGCCCCUACAAAAACUCCGCCCACUCACAGGCCUUCUAAACCCUGCCCCCGUUGCAGAAAGGGAUAUCAUUGGGCUAGAGACUGUCGUUCCACCACCGAUGUAGAAGGAAAGCCCUUGCCUCCCCACUUAUCAGACCCAAAUGUAAGCCACUCCUCCUCCCCUCAGCCGGGAAACGCCAGGAGGUGCCAGCUCCCGGCCCCGAAAAUAACAACGGGAGCAUUCACCGCAGGGUGGCCUCAGACAGUGCCCCCCACCCAUCCUUUUCAGACCUCACAAGGGCCACCCCAGGCAGCGCAGGACUGGACCUCUGUCCCUCCUCCGACACAAUACUAA